AUGACCAUGUGUAGCGGAGCGAAGCUGGCCCUGCUGGUCUAUGGGAUCAUAAUGCACAGCAGCGUCUACUGCUCACCUGCCGCCGCCGGACUCCGGUUCUCCGGGAUCAGGCCGGAGGACGAGGCGUACGACGAGGACGGAAUACCCCUACAAGAUUUCUACGACUCGGACCCGCCUGGCGCAGGCAGCCCCGCCUCUACACUGCACGACGCUUACGCGCUCUACUACCCAGAGGAGAGCAGAGAUGUCGCCCUCGGGAUCCUUAACAAGGCCUACCGCAAAGUCCUGGACCAGCUGUCCGCCAGAAAGUAUCUGCAGGCUCUCGUGGCCAAGGGCGUGGGUGAAAACCUGGGCGGCGGCGGAGAGGACGACUUGGGACUGUUCUCCAAGCGCCACUCGGACGGAAUCUUCACCGACAGCUACAGCCGCUACCGGAAACAAAUGGCUGUUAAGAAAUACUUGGCGGCCGUCCUAGGGAAAAGGUAUAAACAGAGAGUUAAAAACAAAGGGCGCAGAAUAGCGUAUUUGUAG